GCAGGGGCCGCAACGGCGGCAGUUUCAUUGUGGAGAGGCGGGGCGGAAGGGAGGGAAGUCUUCACUCCAUUCUUCACAAAAGAUCUGAACUUGAAAUCAGCGAGAGAUCAGAUGUCGUACGACGACGUAGAGAUUGAGGACAUGGAAUGGAACGAGAAGCUCCAGGCCUUCACGUAUCCCUGCCCCUGCGGAGACCUCUUCCAGAUCACCAAGAAAGAACUCCGUUUGGGCGAAGAAAUCGCUCGGUGCCCUAGCUGUUCUCUUUACAUCACUGUCAUCUAUAAUACGGAAGAUUUCGCCGAUUCCAAUCGCAAGAAUAAGAAUAUCGAACCUCCCAAGCGACAGCCGGUUGCCGUCACUUGAAAAUCUCCCGGAGAGCGAAAUUUGAUUCCUUUUCUUUUUUUCCCUAAGAUUUUUGUCAUUUUCCUAUUGGCUCAAUUGUCGUUAAGGUAUAUUUGUUGGGCGGCAAUGAUAAUUUCGUUAGAGUUGUAUUUUUUUUUCCCGUGAAAUGGAGGAAAUAGGGAGGCCAUAUAUGUAGCUUGAUGGUGAGAAUUGGUUUUAUUGUUUGUUGAGUGUAUUUAUACGGAUAUCAGUUGAAAUAGAAUUAUUUUCGAGUUUGUGAUUUUG